AUGCGUGUGCUGUUUAGAAACAGCGCGGGCACCGCCGGGCCAACGUCAACAGAGGCGUCGUUGCAACAGCCCACGUACCAGAACCAGCGCGUGGUGCACGAGACGGUGACGACCACGACGACGUCGUCGUCGGGGCGCGGCGGCAAGGGGUCGUCCAGCCUCAACAACAACCUGUCGGAGCUGGACACGCUGCUGCAGGACCUGAGCAGCGCGCGCUACGCCUCCGCCUCCUCCUACGACCAGCGCCGCGUGUGUGAGGAUUGGCUGUGUGUGGCAGACGCGUCGCUGGUGAACGGCAGCGUGGGCGCGCACCCGCAGCGGCCGCCCAGCGCGCAGGACGGCGCCCGCGCUCGCCCCUCCGUCGACAGCCUGCUCGACGAGCUCAGCGCGCCCAAUGGCGACUUGGCCGGGCCCCCGCGCCCGCCCCCGCCUGCGGGCGGCAGCCACACCACGGUGCACAGCGUGGACUACUCCACCACCACCACGUACGGAGGCAGCCCGGCCUCCGCCUCCGCGUCGGCCUCCGGGGCGUCCACCGCCACCAAGGAGCUCGACCUGCUCAUGGCGUCGCUCGCCGACUUCAAGAUCACCGCCAGCAGCCACCAGCACCAGACGGUGACCGACUCGCCGUACGCCAAGCCCAACAAGGCGACCAAGAGCUCCCCGAGCCCGCAGCCCCCGCCGGCCGCCGCCUCCCCCGCCCCCCUCGUCGCGUCCGCCGCCCCCGCGUCGCACGCCGCCCAUCCGCAGCCGCCCGCGGGCAGUGCGCCCAAGCAGAACCAGCUCGAUUCCAUGCUCGGCAACCUCCAGGCAGACAUGAGCCGCCAAGGAGUCAACACCACCCAGAAGGGAUGCUGCAACGCCUGCGACAAGCCCAUCGUCGGCCAGGUUAUCACUGCCCUCGGUAAAACCUGGCAUCCUGAGCAUUUCACUUGCAACCAUUGCAAUCAGGAGCUGGGCACUCGUAACUUCUUCGAGAGGGAUGGGCACCCAUACUGUGAGCCUGAUUACCACAACUUGUUUUCACCUCGUUGUGCCUAUUGUAAUGGCCCUAUCCUUGAUAAAUGUGUGACUGCUUUGGAGAAGACUUGGCACACUGAGCACUUUUUCUGUGCCCAAUGUGGAAAACAAUUUGGCGAAGAGGGCUUCCAUGAGAAAGAUGGCAAACCGUACUGCCGUGAUGAUUAUUUUGAUAUGUUUGCUCCCAAGUGUGGUGCUUGUAACAGGCCUAUCAUGGAGAACUACAUUUCUGCCCUGAAUAGCCAAUGGCAUGCUGAUUGUUUUGUUUGUAGGGAUUGUCGCCAACCUUUUCAUGGUGGGUCUUUCUUUGACCAUGAAGGAUUGCCAUACUGUGAGACACAUUACCAUGCCAAAAGAGGAUCACUUUGCGCAGGAUGUCACAAGCCAAUUACAGGUCGAUGCAUUACAGCAAUGUUCAGAAAGUUUCACCCCGAGCACUUUGUGUGUGCCUUCUGCCUCAAGCAGCUGAAUAAAGGAACCUUCAAGGAACAAAAUGAUAAACCAUACUGCCAUGCAUGUUUUGAUAAGCUUUUUGGGUAAGAAACUAAAUAGUGAUUGGGUCCUUGAGACAUGGCUUCAUCAAGAAUGUUUAACUAUUGUGUUGAACUUUCAAAAGCACAUUGAGCCACUGAUUAUUAUUAAUCUGGGUUUGUGAAUACAAAAAGCUGAAAGGGACUUUAUUUUGUUAUUUGUAAUUAUAAUUUGCAAAUUAACAAAUAUUGUUGUUUGGAAGUGCUUAUCUUUUUAUUAUUAGCUGGUGUAGAUGUACAAGUGAAUUUUAUUUUCAUUUGUUUACUUUUAAAGAAGCAUUAAGGGGCUAUUGAUGCUUUGUGACUUAUUUUAAUUGCAAAAUGUUGAAGUUCACUAAGUAUCAAUGUAAAUUUGAUAGUGGACUUAACUGAAAUAAAAUAACCUCGUUUGGAGAUACUAUUAAUGAUCAGAAUAUUACACAUCAUAUCACAAAAAUACAGACUUCAUCUCCAUUUUCAAAAUUUGAAGUACUAGUUAGUUUCAGUGAAGUGCUAGCAAAAGUGUGAUGUUUAUUAUUCUUAUAUUGUAAUUAUUAUUUUGUAUUUCAUAGUUAGAGUUUUAAGUAAUUUGUAGGGGAAGUAUUUGAAGCUGGAACUGAGAAUGUUAUAAUUGAUACACACUUUUCAACAUCUUGUAGUUCUUGAAUUAUUUUGACCUUAAUUUCAAUUAUAAGUUUAUUACCAUAUGGGAAACUGAUUCCUGAAUGCUGCUACUAUUUACAGUCUUCCAAUUUCUUAUUCAAAUAGUAAUUCUGUUCUUCCUUAUUUCAAGAAUGUAUUUUUCUGACACUGCCUCAGUGCAGCAAAUGUGGGGAGAAAAUGUGCAUUAAGUGCACUCUCUAGAAUUGGUAUUGUGGUUUUCAGAUUCAAGAUGUAAAAUUUUGGCAACAUAAUCACAAGUGGAUGGCAAGCAGGGAAAUUAUGUAUGUAUGCUCUGUGCUCAUUGUUAAUAUGAUAGCAUCACUCAGAGGUACAGAUGAAAUCUGCUUUCCUGCUUUUUAUAAAACAUGUAUUGUAACAUGGUGCUCUAAUUAUUGUCUUGCUCAUUUCUUGUUGCUCUUCCACUUUUGUUGUACUGUGUGUAUUGUGUCUGCUAAUACUUUAUGUGGUCCAUGUAUUUGGAUGUAAUUUUGCACAAAAUUAUUUCAUGUCAAUUAUUAAUUUAUUAAUUCAUAUUCUAAUUAUGCAGGUAUUAAUAAACUUAUUGAUCUGAUGGAAGAUGCCAUCUUGAAUGCCGAGAUGGAGGGUAGGGAUAAAUUAGUGGAUCAUGUAAAGACUGUAUUAAUCUGUACAAAUAGUACUGUGCAGUAUAUGUAUUUUACUUCUAUUCUAAUUUACUACAUUAGUUUAGUAUGGUGUUAGUUGCUUCUCUUACAUUUUUCUGUCUGCUAUUGUACUGGAGGUGAGAGGUUGUCAUCUUAGAAUAUGUGACCAUUAAUGGUUGUAGUUUGCUGUAUCGGAGGGUAUUACACUCUUUUUUCCUUAUUAUUACUAAUUACACAUCCAAGCAUUUUAUCUUUAACUGAAUAAAUUAAAUUGAUCUAACUUAGGACCUAUGAGAUAAUGUUCAAUAGAUCUUAUAUAGUUACAUAAUUGAUAUAUCCCCUACUCAUUUUGUAUCAUGUUAUGAACAAGUACUCACAAUGUCAAAUUAAAACCUUGUGAGGCCACAUUCUGUGAAGUGUAGAAUGUAAAGCAAUAGGAGAAAAGUAUGUCAAGUGUACAGGGGAUCCUUACAACUAUGUAUUUUAAAAUACUAAUUGUUUGAAUAAGCUGAUGUUUAUAAUGAUAAAGGUGCCAUCAUGAUUAAAUGUAUGCUUGUUUUGUUUAAACUAAUUAGUUAUUUUUUUAACCCUACUACAAAUUUUACUCAAUAGAGAAAUGAGGUAAAUGAUAUUCCUCUUCGAAUCCAUCCCAAAAAAGAAUAAAACCUUUUAUUUUUAAUUUUAUAUUUUCCACAAUACUCAAAAUGUGUCAUUACUCAAAGUUUAUCAUUCAGCACUGUAGUGUAAUGGUGGGGUGUGAACCAUUCUCAUACCAUAAAAAACAUUUCAUUAUUUUUCAUUCUGAAGAUUCUGUAUAGUUUUCAAAUUACUGUCCUUGGCUAAAGUCAUGACACUUGUUUUGUGAGCCAAUCUGCGGGAGCCAAUCUGACAUGUCCAUGUCUUUUACAACUUUUUCUUAAAGAUGUUUUUUAAUGACAAAAUCUGUGGAAAACAUUUAUUUACUUUGAUCAUCAAAACUGCUUGCAAAAGUGCCAAACACUGUUUUCACCUUAUUUUCACCAUUUGAUCACAAAAAACGCAGGCUAAAUGGUUUUAUCAAUGGCCUGGUGAGGUUAUCUCUUAUUGCAUUUUAAGUUGUACAGAACAGUGCCAAGAAUAAAUCUUUUUAUAAAUAUUUUGUAAGUAAAAGGGUAGUUUUAAAACGCAUUUCAAAAACUUAAAGGGAAAAUGGUCAAAGUAUGCAAUAUAAUGUUUUCAGAGUGUUGGAAAUAAAAUUUGAAGAAUAAGGUGCAAUUUAUUAAAUCAUAUACACAUUAAUUUAGCACAUAAUUGAAAGUAAAAAAAUCUUGCAUUUUCUGUAACAGAAACCAUCAAAAAUGUGUAAAAUGGUGUAAUAGUGGCACUGAUUUGUGAGAGUUUUCAAUGAUGACAAUAAAUGUGUAUUAUGCCUGUGACAAAUGUUAUAGACACUUUCCAAACAUUGAAAGAAUGGUAAUUAAAUAGCUUUAUUAUUAUUGUCUACAAUUUUUUCUUAAGAUGGUUGGGUGCAAGAUAUAUAUUGAAUAAUAGCAUUUCCCAUAAUUGUCUGCACUAUGCAAGAGAAAUGUGCUCAUUGUUUAACAAAUAAUUGCAGGUAAGAUUUUUAUUUUUUGAUUCAUUCUUUCAAACUUCCGGAUAAAGUGUAUAUUACAAGUUGAAAUUCUGUAAAAGAGAUUUUAGAGGAGAAGAGCCCUUUGCGUUUUACUGGAUUAUGAACCUAAGAGCCUUAUGAAAAAAUUGAUCUCCUUGAAGAAAAGUGCAAAUGUCGUGUGUUUUACAAAUAAAGUAGAUGCUUGUAACAUUGAGGUAUCAAGUAAAAUACUUUACAUACAUUGCAUAAUGUGUUGUAAAACACUUUGUAGUGGCUUCAUUUACUCCUCGCAGUUGCAUGUGCUAUAUUGCAAGUAAUAAAAUUUGUAAGGGAAGAUAAAGAAUCCAAAAACGGUAUUUGGAUCCUUUCUUGUCAUGAAUGUGCAAUACCCCAAUACCCAUCCCAGCGCGCUCACACACAUACACAUACAUACACACACAAUUUUGAUGACUAUAGAAGUUUCAU